AGUAAUUAAUAAUUCUUAUUUUUUUUUUUACCAAAAAUAUUAAAAUUCUGAAUGGAAAAAAGAAAAUUUAAAAUAUUAUAAAAGCAGAGGGAACAUGGAACAGUGGAAAAAGAGAAAGAAAAGGGACUUCAAUCAGAGACAGAGACUCAGAGUCACAGCAGCAAAAACCCAUUAAACUUGCAGUCUCUUCUCCUUCUUCUUCUUAUUCUUCGUCAGUUGUAUCUCUCGUUCUCUCACUGUAAGUGAAAGAAGAAAGACAAUGUUCACUGAUAGAUGGGUUCGAGAGGAUUUUCGUGAAUCAGUAAUGGACAAAAAACUUCUUUAUAAAGAAAUGCCCAGUGCACCUCCUAUCAGUUCUACUGUAAACAUGGAACAAAGGUUUGAGAAAAUUUCAGCUUUUAGCGCUAAUGGUAUACCUCAUAUUGCAAAUUUGAAUAGUCAUGUAGCCAUAGAUAAACCAAAAUCAGCAAACUUUGUUUAUUCUAGCAACACUGUACUGAAUGGAACUGGCAAUGGUAUUCCUGACCCAUCUGAAAGGUUUGCAGCUGGCAAAGAAGUUAAUGUACCUACAAGUUCUUUACCAGCUCGCCUCCCCACAUUUCAUGCAAGUGCACAAGGUCCUUGGUGUGCUGUGAUUUCCUAUGAUGCAUGUGUUCGCCUAUGUCUUCACUCAUGGGCCAAAGGUUGUGCCGAAGAUGCUCCCUACUUCUUGAGUGAUGAAUGUGCAUCAUUGCGCAAUUCAUUUGGUUUACAGCAAGUAUUGUUACAAUCAGAAGAAGAACUUUUGGCAAAACGAUCUUCAGAGUUGAUAAGUGAGGGAGCUGCCCCAAAAUCUAAGAAAACUUUUGGCAAAAUGAAAGUGCAAGUACGUAAAGUGAAAAUGGGUUUAGAACCACCUGCUGGCUGCAGCUUUUCAUCUUUAAAUCCAUCUACACUAAAACUCGAACCACUUCGUCAACAGUUGUCAAUUUUAAAUUCUACAUUACAUACUGGGUGGGAAGCUGUAAGGAAAGUUCGUGUGACUCCUCAUAUUCCUCCAAAUGGUUCUAUUUCACAACAAAGUUUGGCAUACAUGCGUGCAAGCACUCAGUAUAUCAAACAGGUCUCUAGGCUCUUGAGACAUGGAGUGACUACUUCGCGCAACAGCCCCUCUCCAUAUGAAGUGGAGCAAGAGACAUACACGUGCAUGAUGAGGUUGAAAAGUUCUUCCGAAGAGGAUUCAGUUCGAAUGCAACCAGGAUCUGGUGAAACUCACAUGUUCUUUCCAGAUAAUCAUAGUGAUGAUUUGAUCAUUGAAGUUCAAGAUUCUAAAAUACGGCAUUGCGGCCGUGUCCUUGCCCAAGUGGCUGCUAUUGCUGAUGACCCUGUAAGACAACUAUUUUAUCCAUUUCUAAGUGUUAAGAAGUCAGAUAGUGUACUAGAAGUUUUAAACAAUGAUUCAAUGCAGAGUGACAAGCUCCGGUGGUGGCCCAUAUACCAUGAACCAGAGCAUGAACUCGUUGGCAGAAUACAGUUGUACAUAAACUAUUCAACUACUCCAGAUGAAAGUAAUCAUCCCAAGUGUGGUUGCGUUGCAGAAACUGUGGCAUAUGACUUUGUCUUGGAAGUUGCAAUGAAAGUUCAACAUUUUCAGCAAAGAAAUUUAUUUCUACAUGGUCCAUGGAAGUGGCUAGUGGCUGAAUUUGCAUCUUACUAUGGAGUUUCAGAUGCAUACACCAAAUUAAGAUACCUUUCCUAUAUCAUGGAUGUGGCUACACCCACUAAGGACUGUCUUGACUUGGUAUAUGAUCUGCUAGAACCUGUUAUCAUGAAGGGUAAGAGGAAGAGUGUUUUGAGCCAUCAAGAGAAUCGCAUCCUUGGAGAGGUUGAGGGUCAAAUUCAACAGAUUCUUGUUCUAGUUUUUGAAAACUACAAGUCACUUGAUGAAGAAGCACCAUCUGGUAUGAUGGAUAUUUUUGGUCCUGCCACUGGAUUGGCAGCUCCUGCAUUGACACCUGCUGUCAAACUAUACACCCUCUUGCAUGAUGUAUUAAGUUCUGAAGCACAGUUGAAGUUUUGCAAAUAUUUUCAGGCUGCUGCCAAAAAAAGGUCAAGAAGGCAUGUGGUUGAGACAGAUGAAUUUAUAAGCAGUAAUGAGGGCACGUUGAUGGAUCCCAUGAUGCUUUCAACUUCUUAUCAAAAGAUGAAAUAUCUUAUUUUAAGUAUGAGAAAUGAAAUAUGCACCGACAUUCAGAUCCACAAUCAGCAUGUGUUGCCAAGUUUCAUAGAACUUCCAAGUCUCUGCGCAUCCAUAUACAGUGUGGACCUGUCCAGUAGAUUGCGCACAUUUCUUGUUGCAUGUCCUCCUCCUGGCCUUUCACCUCCUGUUGCUGAACUGCUUAUUGCAACAGCAGAUUUUCAAAAAAAUCUUGCGUCUUGGACCAUUAGUCCUGUGAAAGGUGGAGUUGAUGCAAAAGAGUUGUUCCAUUCAUAUAUAACCCUCUGGAUUCAAGACAAACGUCUUACCUUGCUGGAGUUGUGCAAACUAGACAAGGUAAAGUGGUCUGGUGUCAAAACACAACAUUCAACAACUCCUUUCGUUGAUGAGAUGUAUGCGCAACUGAAGGACACACUGAAUGAAUAUGAAGUAAUAAUUUCUCGUUGGCCAGAGUAUAUUGUCAUCUUGGAGAAUGCUAUUGUAGUUGUUGAGAAGGCAAUUAUUGAAGCUUUGGAUAAGCAGUAUGCUGAUUUCUUAUCACCAUUGAAGGAUAGUCUUGCACCAAAGGUCUUUGGCCUCAAAUAUGUUCAAAAGUUUGCCAAACGAACAGGGGAAAUUUAUUUUGUCCCUGAUGAGUUGGGGGUUCUUCUGAAUUCCAUGAAAAGGAUGCUGGAUGUCCUACGGCCCAAGAUAGAAAACCAGAUGAAGUCAUGGAGUUCUUGCAUCCCUGAUGGCCUAGAUACAGUCUCAGGAGAAUGUCUUAGUGAAAUUACAGUGCUGCUCAGAUCCAAAUUCAGAAGUUACCUUCAAGCAAUUUUGGAAAAACUUGUAGAGAAUACAAAGAUGCAGAGUGCAACAAAACUGAAGAGCAUAAUCCGAGAUUCGAAGGAAACUUUGGUGGAGUCAGAUCUAAGGAACAGAAUGCAGCCUUUGCAAGGUCUUCUUAUAAAGACAAUAGAUCAUUUACAAUCUGUUGUUGAACCUCAUGUGUUCAUAGCCAUUUGCCGAGGUUUUUGGGAUCGCAUGGGACAGGAGAUACUACGCAUUCUGCAAAAUAGGGGAGAGAAUAAUUCCUGGUAUAAAGGCUCACGAAUUGCUGUUUCUAUCUUGGAUGACAUUUUUGCAUCACAGAUGCAGCAAUUGCUUGGAAAUGCGCUACAAGAGAAAGACUUGGAGCCACCAAGAUCUAUAAUGGAAGCACGUUCAGUGCUUUGUAAAGAUGCUAUAAACAACCAGGACAACAACUACUAUUAUUAGAUUUUUUGCUACUGUACAUACAGAUUCACAUCAUUGUUUUGGCUUAAUAUUUUUGCGUUGAAGAAGGAAUGGUGCAAAUCAGAGUUGAAAAGACCACAGACUACCACAGCAACAGUUUUGGAUGCACAGAAUGAAGUUGUCAAUGUAAAGAUUUUACCAUCACCAUAGCCUCUGUGGUGUAUUUUCCCCAAUGAAUGUAAAAUUAUGGGUACCCCAUUGCAAUCCUUCUGAAUUACAGUUGAGAUUGUUAUAUGUGAAAUAUCUCUUUUUUUUUUUUU